CGCUGUAAUUGGAUCCUGGAGGGAGCCGGCGAGCAAAGGAGGGGCCGAGGGCGGCUGGGCGGGAUUGCAGGGGGAGGCAAAAGAGUCCCGAGGCUUUCGGCCUCCCUCGCCUGUCAAGCCUUUGAUUUCAUUGUUCCGGGCUGAUGUCACUCCCAGUUGUCACAGACGCUUCUCCGGGUGACAAUGUGGGACUAAGAGGAGGCACGGCAAGGACCCCCCUGGACAGACCCCGAAGGUAAGUAAAAAAGGGAAAUCGAGGCGUGUGAACGCGCGCGCGGGUCUGGCCCAGCACCCAACUUUGGGGGAGUUGCGCGGGGACGGUCGCUGAAGGACUCCCCGCCACGGGGAGGGGGUCGGGGACUCCAUAGAGCACCUUCCCACCCGCCCCAAAUUUCCUACAAGCCGAGAGCAACUUUGCAGCAAGAUGCGCCGCGAGGCUGGCAAAUGGGGGGGGGGGGGUGAGCGCGCCGCUCCGUCAGCGGCGGGAAUCCCGGGCAAGGGAGCGGGGCGAAGUUUUGCCCGCCGUCUAUUUGGACCGUGCGCCUCCGCGAAAGCGACUUGCCGAAGGAGCGACGAGCAAGGGAUGCUGCUGCGGAGCGCAGAGCAGGCGCGCCGAGGAGAAAGCGCUGGCAAUGCCUCCUCGGAGACUGCGCGCCGCCUCGGGAUGCCUCGCCAGCCCCGCGCACUCCAAGCCCCGCGUGGCCAAAAAGCCAAAGCCUCCUCUGGGCCGGGGAGAGUUCAUUUCUUCCCGGAACCUCGAAGAUUUGUAAACCCACCCGGCGGGCAUGAUCUGACACCCGAGGCCUCUCCUGAACUUCGGCGCUCGUUUUCUGCGGCUGAGAGCGAUCCUGCGGUAGCCUCUCGCGGUUGAAGACAAGUUAUUGAGGGGACAGCGGAGGAAGGGGGAUAUAUUGCAACUCCCGAGGAUAGAAGAAGCGGCGUGUCCUUGCUGACGAUAAAGAGGAGAUCGGGCACGCUUGUCCCCCCUCCACCUAAACUUCGUUCCCAGCUCCAGACCCUACGAACGUCCUCAAGCACUUACUGGGUACCCCUGCCCCCCGCGAUCCUCCUCAUGCCGCUUUCUUCUCAGCUCUCUUAUGACCUUCAGCACCUGCCUCGUGCCAUUUGUUUCUCGUGUAUGCGUUCCUUUGAAAAUUCAGGUGUUUGUUCGUUCCAAACCUUCUGAUCUUAUGCGCCUCCCCUGCACCCCCACCCCGCACCCUUCUAGUAGCGAAUCUAAGCGCGCCCUCAAGCCAACGUAACGCGCCUUUCCCCAGUUUCGGCUCUCCACACUUCUGCGUCUCUCUGUCUGCUCGCCCGCCGCCCUCUGUUCCUAUUGUACCCCAUUCAUCCCCCCACCCCCUUGCAUCUCCAAACUGGCAUGGCCCACUUCUGAGCUCAGCUUACUAUUGUGGUAAGAUCCCUGGGGACGUGUUGGGUGAUGAAUCUCUGCCCAGCUCAUUCCAUUUGUGACACAGCCUCCAUUUCCAGCACCUGCCCGCCCCCCAGACCGCCCCUGAGUUUGGCAGCAGAUUGCAUUUGUUCUUCACAAUGCACAUCCUUUUGUUCCCAACCUCUACCGAAUGCCAGUCCCCUCCCAGUCAUUUCUGGCCACUUUAUACAGACCAGAACCUCACGUAGGUACAGUACAAUAUUCAAAAAUAAUGACAAAAGAUGGCCCUGGGGCAGUCAAGGGCGAGAGAUGUUGUCUCAGCCGGCCAAAAAUUACUCAUUCCAUCUCUGGCUAUGCAGAACGCCUUUUCUUACUUGGUGGAAUGGUCUGCACAUGACUGCUGUGGCAGUACUGAGCUCUAUUGGGGCAAGUUUUGCGGUGCAAUACUGGUCCUAAGUAUUCCCCCAAAGGCGUAUCCUUAAUUUAAAAGCAGAAUUGCCCAGCAGGUCCUAAGGAUAUUCAGUCUGCGUACAGGGCUUACUUCCAAGUAAACAUGUUAAGAAUCAUUGUGUAAGUUAUCCUAACCUAGAUACGUUUUAAGGUGCAAGAGAAGCUAAUAGAGCUGUGGGGCCAAAAUGGCCUGUUGUUUUUGCCUUUGUCCAGCUGAAGGACUCUAAAAAGCAGGGCCAGAAGGAGGUGAUGGAGGUAAAAUACUAUUCCUGGCUGUUCAGAAGGAACAGAUUUUUCAUAACCUUGUCACUUUAUGCUGGAAUGGACCUUCUCCAGGCAUCAGAAAAAGCAUAUAAUGAUGCCUCCAUCAGCUCCACCACCAUGUUGCAAAGUUAAACCUUCCUAACAGGAAUGAUUUCCCCCAAAGGCGUAUCCUUAAUUUAAAAGCAGAAUUGCCCAGCAGAUCUUCUACAGCAGUUGAUGAACUGCUGAAAUGUUAGUUUUAAUUAGGAUCCCUGCCUUUUGGGAAUAGAGCAGCCUCCUUCAUUCUGCCUCCUAAUUCAGGAGAAAACUUUCCAGGCAGCCCUCUUCGUCACGUGACCAACAGCCUCUUCCAUAUGGGCUUCUCUUAGGGAAGGCCGCAGGGCAUUCUCUACAGUAACAGCCCUGUUCCAAGGAAGUCAUCCUCCUGCUAUGGUGCUUUUACAACUCCUUCUGAAUUAUCCAAAUUCCCCGUUUGUCCUCAAACAUUUGCCCCUUUGUCCUUUUAAGUCCACACAUCCUCCAACUCUGCCCUGCUCAUUCAGUUUGGGAGCUACGCAUCAAUAUUCAGAGCAGCUAUGAGGUCAUCUUUCUAAGGGCUUCCACUCUCCUCCUCUUCACCAUUCAGGGAACACACCAGGAAUUGUUCUUAUGCUCCAGUAAGAGAUCCCUCUCAUGCGAAAGCCGGGGGUGAGUUGAGGGAGGAUUAAUGAGAAAGCUACCCACGCAAGCAAGCUUCCACUGGAGGCUUAUUAAAACUAUGUUAUUCUUUGUGCACUCUGGAUGCGAUUGUAAGAGAUGGAAGGAGAGAUCUUAGAGUGGCUUUGUACAAAGCUAAGAUACAAUCCGUAACAUAGACACCUCAAGGGGGGGGCGGGGGGAACCAUACAUGCAUUAUUGAGGAGAUGACAUAAGGCACCAAGUGCUUUGAGAUUUAUUGUCUUUUUAUCCCAUGGUGGGAAUAAAACUAAAUCCAAAGAUCUAUAGCCGCCACUACCAUGUGAUAAAAGAAAAAUUAAAAAGUUGAGCUGCUGAUAUCUAUUUUCAGAGUGGUAAGCUACUGCAGCCCUAAAGAGUUCUAUUUUUAAUUCCCUCCAAUGGGUGACUGGAUUCAUGUUUGAGUCCCCCUUUAGGGCUGAAAGCUUUUGUAAGACUGCAAUCCUAUAACCUCACUCACUGAAAGCAGAGGGACUUCUUUCUGAGCGCACAUGCACAGGAUUUUGCUGCAAAAUGUCUUUUAAAAUAGCAAAGGAUUGGCUGGGGGUAACAUGCUGCUAAAUGUUAAUCAUGGUUCUGCCGCCAUGAUAAUAGACCACCCAACGGUUUCACCUCUGUGUUUCAGUUUCUCCUUCUCUACAAUGGAGAAGAAAGUCCUUACAGUUAGCUGAAUGUGUGGUGGCACUUUGAAGAUAGAUAUACGCAUUAGUGGUUGUUACAGGCAUCCAUCUGUCUCGAGAGAUAAUGGAUUGUUCUUCCGGGGGCAAAGCCAAACCACUGCGUUAGCAGCACCAAAGUGACCUACCCAUGGCACAGCCUGGGAAGUAUGUGUGAAGGUCCUGGGCUGUCCAGACAACAAGGCCACCUCCACCCCCCACUCGGCCUCACUGAUGUGGUCCAAAGGAAAGGAAAGCAAUACGUUUAGCACCCGCUUGGUUGCAGGAGUUGCCGGAAGGAGGCGUACAAGGUUCCAUCCAACUGUCUUAGGGAUAUGUGUACGGUUUACUCCUUAGCCUUUACUUCUCCUGAAGAUAUCCCGCAAGGCAGCAGAGUUUUCCUUCUCCUAGAUGGGCCACCUUCCCAGGUGGACAAGCCCCACCUGCCCCUCACUUCCCCCUACCGCAUAUGCAGAUACCACCUUCUUGACUGUUGGACCCACUAUUAGUCUUGUCCACUUCAUCUUCUGGAGCCUGUAUUCACAUUCAGAGAAAGCCCCUAAGUCACUGAGGGUUUGAGACCUGUCAGAUACCCUUAGCUGGUUUAGCCAGUCAGUCAGAGCCAUUCCCAGGGUGUGGCCACUUUCGCAUGCUGACAGCUUCCAGGAGUCACAGGUGAGAGCUGAGUGCAGGGUGUGGGGACCAAAGGUGGACAAACUGCCCCAGAAGGAGCACAACGUGUCCCCCACUGUAAUACCCCUCCCCUAACACCCCAUGCACCCCUAGUCAAAGGUGGAUGAUGUAGUGAAACUGGGAGUUGUUUUCUCAGGAUUGCAGAAUGAAAUAACAAAUGAAGUUGCAGUAUACCAAGAUCAGGUCUAGCCGUGCUGUAGACUCCUCUUUACCACAAAACCACAUGAAUGAACCACUUGCUUCAGAUAUCAGAUUACAAAGGGGGCUUCGUUUUCUUCCUCCAGAAUCCAUUUAGAAGGGAGCACCAGGACAAGAGAGAGCUGGUAUCCUUUCGACUUUCAGCAUUAGUUACAAAAGCCAACAUUUAUAACUCUUACAAAACGCUCAGUGUGAGCUUUUGAGAAGACAGCUGUUUUAUUCAGAGGUUUCUCUUACUUGAAGGAUUAUGGAUAGAAAGUGUUGGGCUCAGCAUUUUCAGCCCAAGGCCUUAAUAGGGCUUAGAGGUAGAAUUGGCUCAGAAGCUGUAUUUUUAAAUGAUCUUUUGCUGCCUUAUUAUGUUUCAGGAAGGGCAAAAAAACCCCCAAAACUUGAAGUUGAUAAUUUUAUAGGGUAAUACACUGGGGGUCUUGCUCUAGACAUGAUAGAGUAACCCUGUAUAGAUCACUGUAAUGUGCAUUACAUAGGGCCACCCUGGAAGAUGACCCAGGAGCUGCACCCUGUCCAGAAUGCUGCUUCCUGAUUGCUGUUUGGAGCAGUGAGAGACGUUCAUAUCACUCUGAUCCUCAAAGCACUGCGCUUGUUGUCUAUGAGCUACCUGUCUAUGAGCUACCUGAUUGGUAUAUCCUGCAACUACAUUCUCCAAGGCAAACCCCUGCAUGUACAGUGUGGAUAUCUUGAAAGAAGAGUCCCACUGGACCAAGGUUGUAAAAUUUGUACGUGCGUUCAGCAUGAAGCAAGCGAUGGAAAUAGGCAUGCCUGUGUUGUUUGGGAUUCUGGAAACAAAAUGCCCAGCUUGUGCCUUAGAUGAGGAUGAAGCAGAGUAGAGGUGUGAGAUGGAGAUGCAAAUAUCAAUGCGCAUGUGUGACAAAAACUACCCACCCCCAAAAUGCGCUAUUAAGUUUCUACAUCAGCAGUGGCAAUGGGUAUAGAAUAGGCUCUUUUUACUUACUGAAAAUACAAAUCAAAUGUUUAAAAACUACAGGGUGGCAUUUUGAUGAUGAUGAUGAUGUUGUGCGGAUGAUGUGAAAAACAUCUGCAUGAGCAGCACCCUAAUCUGAAAGCAACUUGAGGCUGAGAAAUAAAAGGGAUACUGCCUCUGCCUCUCCCCUCCUUGAACCUCACUCACUUUUCUCUCACAGGACAGAGGUACAUUCAGGGCAGGACUUUGGAGUAGAAGCUGCCUUGUACCAAGCCAGGCCAUUGCUCCAUUUAGCUCAGUAUUGUCCACACAGACUGGCAGGCUUUUAGACUGAGUUGUCUCCCAACCCUAUCUAGCAGGUAUUGGGUAGAGACUUGUAUGGUUUUCGUAUAGCUCCAUGAAGGAAGAGGGCUCGAUAUAUUGGAUUUCGGGGCUAGGAUUAAUGUGGCAUGUGUGCAUCCAUCUCCUGUAGGCCUCAAUGUGUCUAGUCCUGCAGUGUUUGGCCUCAAAAGAAGGGUCCAUAUGGUGGUGGUGAUCUGAAAGGGUAUUGCUCCCUUCAACAUAUAGGAAUCUGCACCCUAUCCCUUUGUGAUUCAGUGCUUAUGGAUUCUUCCUGUGAAUGUAACACAAAUGGUACUAUGUCAUGGCAUACUGCUACUAUCUGAACAGUAAUUACCCUAAUAUUUGGAUCUAGAAGGUUUUAACAAUGUAUUUGGAUGGCAUGCAUAUCUGUGGUAUGAUAAGGUCAAAGCACAUAAAGCAUUUAAAAAUCAUAUUGUCAGGAAAGCUCUGUUCAAUGUUUGGAUAAGAUAUAAGGACUUAUUGGAAAAUAAAACCCCAAGAUGGCUGUCACCGAUGGAAGCGAAAGCCUUGAAAAAGCUCAAUAUGGAGGUCAAAUGGCCGAAAUAUUGGGAAAUUUUAGAACAAUAUGGAGAUAGAUUGAAACUGCAGAGUUUUUAAAAACUAAAAACAAAGUGCGAGACUGGCUUCAUUAUUAUCAGAUAAUGGAGGCAUACAAUUUGGACAAAAAAAUUGGCUUCCAGGUGGAAAAAUCAAAAUUAGAAACAGAACUGUUAGAACCCAAAACUAAGAAUUUGUCAAGAAUGUAUAACUUGCUGCUGAAAUGGAAUACUCAGGAUGAAACGGUGAAAUCUGCUAUGAUUAAAUGGGCACAAGAUGUUGGACAUAAUAUUAUGUUUGCUGACUGGGAACAGUUAUGUACCACAGGUAUGAAGUUUACGGCAUGUAAUGCCCUAAGAGAGAAUAUUAUGAAAAUGAUAUACAGGUGGUACAUAACCCCAGUCAAGCUUGCAAAAAUCUACCAUUUGCCCGAUAAUAAAUGUUGGAAAUGUAAAGAAACUGAAGGUACACUCUUUCAUCUUUGGUGGACGUGCCCAAGGAUUAAGGUUUUCUGGGAGAUGAUUUAUAAUGAAUUAAAAAAGGUAUUUAAAUAUACCUUCUUGAAGAAACUAGAGGCCUUUCUCCUGGGCAUAGUCGACCAAUCGGUGUUAAAGAAGGAUAGAACUUUCUUUAUGUAUGCUACAACAGCAGCAAGAAUACUUAUUGCAAAGCAUUGCAAGACACAAGAUCUACCCACACUGGAGGAAUGGCAGAUGAAAAUGAUGGACUAUAUGGAACUGGCGGAAAUGACUGGCAGAAUCCGAGACCAGGGAGAAGAGUCGGUGGAAGAAGAUUGGAAGAAAUUUAAAGACUACUUACAGAAAUAUUGUAAAAUUAAUGAAUGUUAGAAUGAUGACGGAUUGAAGUUAAGCGGUUUCUAGCAGUAAUGGUUAAAAGAAUGGAAAAAUUGGCUUUUAAUAGGUAAAAAUUUAAUGUUAUAAUAUAUUAAGAUUAAAGAUUAGGAUUAAAAAGGAGGGAAAGAAAUUGCUGGACUAACAAACUGAAUUGGAAUACAAAAGAGGGAGGUAUGAGGAGGUCCGGGAAACAAGUAAACGUAAAAGAAGUGAUGAAAAGACGGAAUUGUUUUUAUCUGUUUUUUCUUUUUGUAUUUUGUAUUGUGUAUUUUUCUUUUUAUUGUUAAAUUCUUCUUUUUUAUUAAUGUGAUUCUUUUCUUGUGAAACUUUAAUAAAUAUCAUUUAAAUAUAUAUAUAUAUAUAUUUGGUGAUACUGCAUCAAUUUCUUGGAUCCUAGUCCAUCGCUCCUUUGGGGAUAUUCUAGUCACUCUAGCUUUAUAUCAGCUCAUAGGAAUAUCUAAGGACUGCUCCAUACUUAAUGGAGUAAAUGUGUGUGUGCAUUGCAUUGCAAUUUCUUUAUGGUAUAUAUAUGAUGGAUGAUCACAUUGUUCUUCCAUGACUGCUUUUUUUUUUUUUUUUUUUUUGUAAGCAUUCGUCCUGAUUUGUUUGCACAGUCUGUGGGGAGAUUGUACCAUGUCAGCUAUUUACUGAGCAUUCAUUCUGAUUUAUUUGCCAGGGACAUAAUAUAAUGUUGCAUGAAGCAAUUGUUAUCCCAUAUUUCCCGGUGCAUUUCCCCCCAUCACGUUCCCUAUCACAAAAGACCAAUUUUUUGGGUGGGGUGCAAGGAACACGUGUGUUGCGCAAGAGCACCAAAUCAGUUCUAAUUGUGCAACCUGAAUUUGCGCGACGGAAUCCCAUCCGAAAAUAGCAACAGUCUGGAAGUGACCCCUGUGCCUGCAAACACUCAACCAGUAAUGUGUGAAGCAGAAAAACAUUGAGUAGAAGAGUUUAGUGUCUUUAUGAUGGUAAACAAGAGCUGUUCCUUGUGGCUUCUGGCCCAAGGCUUCAGCAUGCUCAAUGGGGGCUUUGGGGGAAGGGUACACAGUAUGUCCUGCUUGUUUCUUCAGCUGGAUAAAAUAUAGCCCUCUCCUCAUGCUUCCUAGCCUCUGCCGAGUAAUCUGGGUGCUUUGAUGGAGAGCUGCGCUGAGCCCUGGGAGCCGAAGUGCUGUCAAUGGAUCAGGCACUAAUAAGAGGCGUGGGCUGCUGAUCCCUUCCAUUGGCAGAUAUUGUCACUCAUGCCAUCUGCUCCCUUUUCAAGCUGCCAGUUGCUCAUACGAUCCGUAUCAUCUUUGCUCUCCUCGUCCUCUGAGAACCCAGCAACAGCCAGAGCUGGGAUUUCCCAUCUAGCUUGCUGCGCUUACCAUCCUUUGCCCUAAUUUUCAAGGGGUGGGAGAAGUCGUUCGAAAGGGCAACUAAGCAUCAAAACGAAAGCCAAAUCAGGCCACUUUUUCAUUUGUGCAGCACAAUCCUAAGCAUGCUUACCCAGAAGUAGAUCUCAGUGGGCUCAAUCGGAUUUACUCCUUAAUCAGUAAGUAUGUUUAGGAUUGUUGCCUUAGGCUUGGGAUUUUGGAUGGAGUCAGAUAGCUCACAGGUGAUUUCAGUUCAGGAUUUUUUAUUUGUGAUAUUUACAGAGGCAUGGACUGUGAACUUCAUAGGGUGGAGGUCUUGGGGUUGCCAUGUAUCCCUUAAAAAAGAGAGAGAGACUGUUUAUUUAUUACCAUUCCCCCAAAAUUCAAUAGCAGUGCUUUCAUAGUUUUCUCUAAUGUCCUUUUUGAAAUUUUAUCCAACCUGCAUCCCUCGAGAGAUAAGGCAGGACUCCUCAGGUUCCUUCUCCUCCUGUGAAACACCCAUCCUUUUCACCUCAAAAAUUCAGUCCUACUGCUUUAUAGCAGAAAUCUGAAAGGGGCUGUAAAAUGCCUACAGUAAUCUACAGAGCGGACUUUGCUGUAACAGGAUUCACUGGCAGGGCAAAAAUAACUACUAGGAUUGUAUGAGCAAUAGAUCUAGAUUCCAAAUGGACUCCCACUGCUGUUACACCAUUGACUUCACUGUAGAAACUUCCAAACUAAGCCAGUUCUGAACGAGUCCCUGUGGUCACUAACAAAGGAUCAGGGUAUAAGUGGGAUUAAAUGCUUAAGGAGGUUGUGUUUCAAUCACAUGCAGGGGGUUAUAUUGAUCACCUGCUCUGGAAAAAUUAAGGGAGGAAUUUUCUCCUCAAAACAUGUUGAUGUGGUAGAUCAGGUGAGAGGCCAUGGCUGUGGCGGCAUGCCAGUGUGUGGCAUAGGUAGUAGCUGAUUUGUUGUUCCCAGGGAAUAAGAAAUAUAUAUUUCAUUCCUGAUUUAUUUGUACAGUCCUCGUUCCACAGUAAUUACUAUAAAUGCUUGCUUCAGGUCAAGGACUGAAACCUCUCUACCAGGAGAAUGUUAAUGCUGGCAGAAUUUAUUUAUUUUUAGUAAUAUUUGGUUAGGACAAAAGGGGGAGACAAUGUUAUUUGGCAGCAGUUGUUUAUGGCACCAUUUUGGCAACGGGUGUGCCCCACUGCCCAUUGGCUUGUAGGUAAAAAAAAAAAGUAUUGAAAACAGUCUAUUAAUGAAUGCAUUAGAAAACCAAUCUCAGUGGAAGAAUUAGCAAAAUGGAACUAAUUUGUGAACUUAGGGGCGGGGAAAUAAGGGUAGAAAAAUAAGCUUUGAAAUCUAGGUUGGUUGUUCAAGGAGCGCUUAGAUUUGAAAGGGGCAUGUGCAUGAAAUGCAGGGAGAGGCAAACCACCAAGGAUGAAUGUCCAAAUCUUGUAGGGAGAGGUGUGUCAGAAGGGCUAAAGCUCAGAAUGAGUGUAGGCUUGAAAGAUGUUGAAAAUAACAAAGGGGAUGAUUAUUAUUUUUAUGUUAGGAGCAAGAGGAAGAGAGGGAAAUGGUAGAUCUACUGCAUGGAGAAGAUGGAGAUAUGUUAGUGGGUAACAAAGGAGAAUAAACUGAUUAACUCUUACUUUGCCCCAGCCCUCUCUUCUCCCACAAGCGAUACUCUGCUCAGCCUUGCAAAGAUAGACCAAAUGAGAGAGAGAGGGAAGUUGCAGCCCAAGAUAAGUAAAGAGGCAAUAUAGCCCUCUAAAAGGUAAAGGUAAAGGUACCCCUGCCCGUUCGGGCCAGUCUUGCCAGACUCUAGGGUUGUGCGCUCAUCUCACUCUAUAGGCCGGGAGCCAGCGCUGUCCGCAGACACUUCCAGGUCAUGUGGCCAGCGUGACAAGCUGCAUCUGGCGAGCCAGCGCAGCACACAGAACGCCGUUUACCUUCCCGCUGGUAAGCGGUCCCUAUUUAUCUACUUGCACCCGGAGGUGCUUUCGAACUGCUAGGUUGGCAGGCGCUGGGACCGAACGACGGGAGCGCACCCUGCCGCGGAGAUUCGAACUGCCGACCAUGCGAUCGGCAAGUCCUAGGCGCUGAGGUUUUACCCACAGCGCCACCCGCAUCCCAAUAUAGCCCUCUAAACGAAUUCAAAUCUUCAGCACCAGAUUAAUUGCUUCCUAAUGUUUAUUUGUUUUCAUUUUAGUUAAAAUCAGUUAGACAUGGCCUUCCACUAGAAUGAUCACACAAGACAGGUUAUUUUUUUAAAAAACAAAACAUUAGAGCAACAGGUGGGGUACCCCAGGGUUCUGUCACGGGUCCAGUGUUGUUAAACAUCUUUACAAAUAACAUGGACAAAGGAUUAGAGGGAAUACACAUCCAUUUUGUAGAUGACAUGAAGCUAGGAGCGGUAGCUAAUCCCUUAGAAAUAAAAACAGGAUUCAGGUUGACUGGGUCAAAACAAGAUGAAUUUCAACAGAGAUAAAUGUAACAUUCUGCAUUCCAGUUGGAAAAACCAAAUGCACAUAGAAUGGGUGGCACGUGACUUGUUUGUUGAAUUUAUAUCACACCCUUCCUUGCUAAGGAGGCCAGGGCAGCAAAUAGAUACACAAUUUAAAAACAAAAACAAAGCAAAAACUUUCUGAAACAGAUUAAAACACUCUAAAAACAAUUAGAAUUAAAACAUCUAGAAGCAGUUGCAGUUGAAAACAUUUUAAAAGCAAUUACAGUUUAAAAGCAUACUUCCAUCCAACGAUCUUGAUGUAGCCAGAACUAGACAGAAGCACGUGUAAAAAAAGAUGAUUGUAGGGGUUUUAGUUGGCCACAAGUCAAAACAGGAGUUGGCAGUGCAAUGUAGCCACUAAAAAGCUAAUGCAAUUCUAUCAACAGAAAUGUAGUGUUUGGCUCCACAAGAAGUAAUGGCGCCAUUACUUUUUGCUUUGGUCAGCUUUGAUGUGAGAUAGUGUUCUGGGCUGCACAGCAUAUUGACAAAAUGGAAUGUGUUCAGAGACAAUGGCAACAAAGAUGGUGAGGAUCUGGAGACCAAGUCCUCUGGGGAAAGGCUGAAGGCACUGGGUAUGUUUAGCCUGAAGAUGAAAACAUUUAAGAGAAAAUAUCAUAGCUGUCUUCAAAUACUUGAAAGGCUGUUGCACGGACGAUGGAGCAAAUUUGUUUUCUGUUACUCCAGAUGGUAGGAUGUGAACUAACAGGUACAAAUGAUCAGAAAAGAGGUUUUGCCUUAAAAAGAGGAAUUACUUCCUGAUGCUAAGAGCUGUUUGACAAUGGCAGAAAUUAUAUUGGAAGGUGGUGAACUUUCUUUCAUUAGAGGUUUCUAAGCUGAUUGGGUGGCCACAUAUCAAGGAUGCUCCAGCAGUAGAUUUCUGCAUUGUCAGGGAAUAGGCUAGAUGAUAUCUGAGGCACCACCCAAUUUUAUUAUUCUUGGAGAACCAUAGCAUAUAUGCACCAUUUCUUAUUUUAAUCCAGGAGCUUUCCAAUCUCACUAUUCAUUCUGCUCUGAAAUGUAAUUUUCAGGUAACAAAAGUGCCAUGCAGUAUACAGCUUGCUAUUUGUCAUGAGAUGUAAGAAUAACCCAGGGCAAAAUGAGUUAAAUCUUAAACCAUAAAAAGGUUUAUCUUAGGGAAAACAGCAGAACAUAAUUUCAGAUAUAGAAAGCUACCUUUGCAAAAUUCCUGAAUAAAGCCCAACACUACGCAUGUGCAUUCAGAAGUAAGUCCCAUUAAAUUCAAUGGUACUUAUGCCCAGUUUGCAACUUUAGCUGAAGACAGUACAUGUUAGAAAUCAAGGCCAAAAUGCUGAAAGUUAUGAGAAAUCUUAACAUGCUUCCAGUAUGUUUACAGAUACAUUUGCUCUUUUCAAUCAGAGCACGAAACAAGAAUGACUUCUAUCCAUAUCUCUGCUUCCUACCAUAUUACUGCCCUUCAGCAACCAUAGAUUUGAAUAUAUCUAUCUCAUUCAGUCUCAAUGAGUCUGAAGCUUGGUCUGAAGCUCAACAUCAAAAAAACUAAGAUCAUGGCCACUGGGCCCAUCACCUCCUGGCAAAUAGAAGGGGAAGGAAUGGAGGCAGUGAGAGAUUUUACUUUCUUGGGCUCCAUGAUCACUGCAGAUGGUGACAGCAGUCAUGAAAUUAAAAGACACCUGCUUCUUGGGAGAAAAGCAAUGACAAACCUAGACAGCAUCUUAAAAAGCAGAGACAUCACCUUGCCGACAAAGGUCCGUAUAGUUAAAGCUAUGGUUUUCCCAGUAGUGAUGUAUGGAACUGAGAGCUGGACCACAAAGAAGGCUGAUCGCCAAAGAAUUGAUGUUUUUGAAUUAUGGCGCUGGAGGGGACUCUUGAGAGUCCCAUGGACUGCAAGAAGAUCAAACCUAUCCUUUCUUAAGGAAGUCAGCCCUGAGUGCUCACUGGAAGGACAGAUCCUGAAGCUGAGGCUCCAAUACUUUGGCCACCUCAUGAAAAGAGAAGACUUCCUGGAAAAGACCCUAAUGUUGGGAAAGAUUGAGGGCACAAGGAGAAGGGGGUGACAGAGGACCAGAUGAUUGGACAGUGUUCUCGAAGCUACUAAAAUGUGUUUAACCAAAUUACGGGAGGCAGUGGAAGACAGGAGUGCCUGGUGUGCUCUGGUCCAUGGGGUCACGAAGAGUUGGACACGACUAAAUGACUAAACAACAACAAAUCUCAUCUAGAAUUCUGGUUCAGGUUCAGGAAGUGUCAUCAAAAAUUAGAUGUUUGUGAGCCAAUAAUAAAUAUUUUGAUGAUCAUAAUUGAAAUUAUAAUCAAAAUGCUUUGGAUUAGCUCAAAACCGACAAAUUUUUAAUGAUAGUAUCUAUACGAAAAACAAAUCUCUCUUCCUGUAUAUAAAACAACAGCAGUGAUGCAAUGAUGACAUCAUUUCACAUAAAUAUCUGUUCCUAGCUUGGAGACAGGAAGUAGGUUUGGGAAUGGAGGAAGACACAGGUUUCUCAUAAUAUUCACUUGACCUGAAAAUACCUGAAAAGUAUAAUGAUUAAAAGGGUGGGUUUGAAUUAUUCCUCAACACAUCAGAGUGUCAUAUUUGUCUCACUUGACCUUUAGCACUAGGAGGCCUGACUUUUUAAAAAGUUAUCAAUUGACCAAAUGUCCUGAAUAAACAGGACAACGUAUUUUUUUCCUUCCAUUUAUUUUUAUUUUUUUAAUGAAUGCUUAUUUCAGUACUAAUGAGGCAACGAUGUAUAUGCUAUGCGUGUAAACUGGAGUUUGUGGCAAAAUGUAAUGGCUUUUGCUAUUGCAUGAGCGCCUAUGGUUUUGUUUCUUUAUUUUUCUGUAUGAUUUCCAAGGAAUAGCUGAGGUUCAGAAUAAAAGUCCUUUCAUAAAUAUCGGUUUGCAGUAUUUGGGACUUACCCACUUUUUGCUGUGUAUUAAAGCGACAAAGCCAAGCCAAGCCCUGUGUGUCUAGGACCAAUCUUAGGCUGUGUAUGUAGUCCUGUUUACUCUGCAUCCAGUGCGCCCCCACAGCUGGUUUGCAAAGAGGUAUGCACACAGUGUUAGCCACAAAAUCCAUGUGCAUCCUAGCAUUUUUUAAAUUGAAUACAGUGUUUUGAUAUGUUUUCCCCUGGUAAUGUAUUUGUUGUGCACACAGCCUAAUACCCACAACCAAUAAUUACUACAUACCGGUAAUUGAAGUCUGUGGUUCUCUCUCUCUCUCUCUCUCUCUCUCUCUCUCUCUCUCACACACACACACACACACACACACACGGUCUCCUGUUCUCUGCCUCAGAGGGGUCUUUUUCUGGAGCCUUUGUCUGAGAGGAAAGAGGAGCCCUCCAAGCCCAGCAAAUGAAAGCAGAGGCCUGAUGGCUUCUCUUCUGUUGUCUCGCCUGCCAUAACUUGUUGUUGUCCCAAACAAAGCCCCAGGUUUUCCUGGCACUCAGUCUCUCAGGCAAGAAUAAAGGCGCUGGAGUCUAAAUAAGCCCCCUGAGGACUCUUUGAUAGGGACAGUUGCCGCCUGGGACAGCUGAGAAAGAUCAGAAAGGGGGGUGGGUGUCCAGUGUCUGCAUUUACACAGCUGUUGCCUUCUCGCCUCAUCACUGGGUUAACUAGCAUUUUCAGCCUGUUUUCCUUAUGGAUUUUCAGAAGGGACCUAAGACCAUUUUGGCUCGGGUUAUUGAAGAAACAAAAGGGGAGGGGGGCAGCCCAUGCCCUCCGCUGCUGCUGCUUCUGUGUCUCCUCGUUUCCCUCAGAAGAGGAUGAUUAGGGACUCUGGUUGGGGGAGGGGAAGCACAUGGGCUGGCACAUCACUGUGUGGGUUUGCAUUCCACAAAUGCCUCCGAUGAUGCGCCUGACGCAGAGAGCCACACACAUUAUUAGCAGGAAGGUUGGAUUUGAGGCAGCAUGGUGGAGGUUGCGCAGAGGGCAACGCUAGACCAAACAUAGAUCCAACAGGCAAAUCAACACAGGCAGAGCAAGGAGAGGAGUCUUUUGGAAAGGUCUUGUUUCCAAGAUGAGGAAAGAAGCAGAAAGAUCAGGUUGAUUAAUCUUAAGCAAAGUGAAUUAUUAUUAUUUUUGUGGACUGCCAAGGAUGGGGCAGAGCUGCUCUUAGGAAUCACAGAACUGCAGUCAGAGAAAAGCAAGGAGCCUGAGGGGAAUUAAGGCACAGAAGCAAACGAAGUUCAUCAGCACCGCUUACCUAUGUUCUCCUUUUUCUGCUCAACUAAGACUAACCCUUUUUGUAUAUGGAGAUGGGGUGGACACACAAAAAGAAGCUUGGCCUCGUUUGGCCCUUAACUACAAGGUUUUUAAAGUAUGUUGGUUCCAUCAAAUUCUGGUAUCCCCAGAACUUAGAUUUCCUUGCUGAAGAGUUUUGGAAACUUUCAGUUGAGGUUUUGUGGUGGUACGUAUCUCACAUGGGAGCAUUGCUGUUUCUGAUGCAUGUGGCAGCAGGCACCCUCACAUGCCUCCUCUUGAAUAUACAUUGCAUCAUCAGAUGGUUUGACAACAAUCAAACACAAAGAGCAUGUAUCUGUUCUCUUCAAAAUUCAUUUGAAAGCACGUUCUGUGAGACGUGGAUAGAUGUUCCCCGUCCUUCCUAGUGCUUAUAAAGACUAGAAUGAUUCUUUGAUCUGGAUGGUACUCCAGGAACAUGAGAGCCCUGAUGUCUUCGCUGAAACAGUCAAUCAAUACUGGCUGCUCCCUGGGUAUUGAGCAUUAACUUGUUAUUGUUGCCAGUGUGAUGGAGGUGAGAGUGUCUUGCCUGCUGAACUUCCUAGCUUGCAAUAAUGGCUCCAGAGGACGUUUCUGUCCAACAGUUUUAAUACUGAGUAAGUGAGCUUGGAAUGCUUUCCCCUUUCCUACGUUUGAAGGAUAGACAAGGCUCCAUUGCUGGGGCUGCAGUUUGUCCUCCUAUCUCUGAAUCCACUUGACAGCCUGAAUGAGGCUGCUCCAUAAAGAAAGGGAGCGAAGGCCUUUGACAGCUGCUGUGCUCACUUCUGCUCCACCAGAAGCAAAAGGGUAAAAGGUGACGUCUGUACAAAGGUUUGCUGUGCGACCACUGAGCAAAGUGACAGAUUCAUGGCACAAAAAGCAGACAUGGGAAACCUGUCAUCAGUACACUUUGGACACAUCCAAACUGGCAGUUUUUCACACAUCUGCUGAAAAUUGUAUGAGCUUGUACAGUCUGCAUCCCGUUCCUUUUUCCUGCAUUCUGCUUCUUGAGUCCCCCCCCCCCCCAGCACCCGCCAUCGCUGCCACAGAAAUGCUUAUUAAAGGGACAUAAUUUUCAGUGUGUUUUUUUAUUGAGUGUGGAGCAACUCUGCUCCUCAUCUUUUUUCCUCAUCAAAGCGUUUUUUAAAAAUAUCUUAAAUGACUGCGAAUGUACAUUAUUGUACUCAUGCACCUACUGAAUUAUGUGUGUUAAGCUCUUUUAGCCAAAACCAAAUAUACUUAGAAGCAACUUCGUGAUCCUUUCUCAAUCUUCCUUGUUGCAAAAACUUAAUUUUCCAGCAAGCUGCAAUAACUUAUUAUUGUAUGCACACAUAUAUAUACUUCAGAAAUUUCUUAUUAAGUAAAAAUAAAACAAAAACGAUAUCCAAACCCACUCUGGCAUUUUAAGUGCACCUCUUAAGGGCUGGCUUUUUCCUCACCACAUGCUCUGGCCAUCAUUUGCGGCUCUGAUGCAGAUUCCUUAUCUUCAUGAGGCGUGGCUGAUUGCAAUCUGGGCUACGGCCUUCUGUGUGGUGGUGCCCAUUCUGCCAAAUAGUUUGGCAGGCAAAGUGCACCAGGCCCCUUCACUGCUUGGUUUCAGGCAAGGGGUAAGGAUGUUGCUGUUUAAAAAAGUCCUUCAGCUGAUUAUUUUUCUGCCUGAUGCUUGGCUGUGUGCAAAUUAGUACCAUGACUUUUGUGAUGUUAAUGGCUGGGUUCAGAAAAAGUGAUUGUUUUAUAUUUGAAAUAUUGUUUUUGGUAUUUGGAUUUGUUAGCUGCCUUGAAUUCCUUCGAAAGUAGGUGGAAUGCAAGUUUUUAAAAUAAAAAUGAAACAAAAAAGUUAUUGUCUAGCUUCCUCAAAUAUGUAAAGACCCAAACCAAAAUAGAAUGAAUGGGAUGUAGUUACAGUGUGUUGUAGAGCCUGUCCAGACUUUUUUUUGGGGGGGGGUACAUUUGUGAUAAUUUGUGUUCAUGAUGCUUUUGGUGCAGUGACACAUGACCCUGCUUUCAAUACCGUGGAAAAAGCUUUGAGGUUGUAAUAUCGCUUCAUUUCCAGUCAAUGCAUAUCCUGCAAUCUUCUGCUGAUAUCCUGAAACUUUUAUUUAAUGCCUGGUUUAUUUUUAAAUGCUCUGGUUUAUUUUCGUCCUGCAUUUGUUGCGCUAUAGCCUCUCAGGCCAGCAAUAAUGUGGUAACAUUGGGGAAGCAUUGCAGAACAAACGACAGUCAUACCUCAUGUUACAUUUGCUUCAGGUUGAGCGUUUUCAGGUUGCGUCCUGCGGCGACCCAGAAGUACCGGAAAGGGUUACUUCCGGGUUUCGCCACUCGCGCAUGCACAGACGUGCAAAAUGACGUAAUGCGCAGAAGCAGCAAAUCGCAACCCGCUGAUGCAGGUUGCGUUCCUUUCAGGUUGCGAAUGGGCCUCUGGAACGGAUCCCGUUCGCAACAGAGGUACCACUGUAAAGCAGAAUAAAUCCACCCACUAAUGCACUGUUAUUGUCUCAAUAACAUGUUGCAGAAGACACCCGCAAUAAAACACUAAUCUGCAGGGGCCCAUAGCACAGUGGAGAGAAUGUUGGACUAGGACCAAGGAGAGAGACCUGGGGAAAAUACUAGGACUGGUUGGUUGGUUGUGGCAGAUUGAGUGUUGUUGUGCCCUAAAGGAAAAAGUGAAAGGAACUGUGACAAGAGUGAUGGUCUGGCUGUACCUUUAAUAGCAGCUGAGGUAUAGAAUCAGAAGCUUUGAUGAAUAUUUCAGACUUUGCCUGAUACUUGCCUGGUACAGUAGUAUCUGAAUUCCAAAUUGUGCUUUCAUCCAGCAUGUGCCAUGUCUCUAAAUGCCUGCGCUGGAUCAUUUGAGGGCCCUCCUUUACAUGCCUCACCUUGGCAGUGAGGAUGUGUGUGCAGAUUUUGGUUUAUAUUUAUUGCCUAGCCCAGAAUGAUUAGUUAGGAUUACAGUAAAUUGCUGGCAGUAGAUUGUUCUGAUAAAAAGAGCUGUGCAUCUACAGAAGGCCUCGCAUUCUGUAAUGAACGUGUUGACCUUAAUUUUACAGUAUUAUCUUUCUUGAAUAAAGUAUUAUCUUCCUUUUGAGAGGCUUCGUGAACGAGCCAGCUGAACAUGUAAAAUGCGUUAACUGUGUCGUAAUUCCCCUUCUGUGUCAGUUGCGAUUUCUAACCCUCUCAAGUGAACUGAAGUUACCUUGCAAGCCGAAGUGGGCCUGAGUCCAUGAAAGCUUAUGACAUAAUACAGUUGCCUUCAAGGUGCUGUAAGACUAAUUGCAUUUUUUGCUGCAACAGGCUAACAUGGCUUCUACUCUAUGUUGCAAGACAAAACACAGGAGGAGGAACACCUCCGGUCCACUUGGUUUGCAGAAAGUUGAUAAUCUUGCUCCUAUUUUAUAGCUGUAGUUCUUGGAUUCACAAAAAAACCUAUAAUGGAGUAACUAGUCUAAACAUUGAGAGGGAACUCUGCAGAAAACCCAGGAAUUAAAACCAGAUGAUCCAAAGAAUCUCUGAGGCAACUGCAUUAAUUCAAAGAUUCUCCCUUUACAAAGAAAUAGAUAUCAAAAUAGGGUUGGGGGUGUUGCUAGAUCCUUAAAAUUCCAUGGUGCAAAUUUGCAUAUGCUAAUUUAUAGAUAUAGUUGAGCAUUUAGGCAUUUUUUUAGAGGGAGAGCCACCCUGUAAACAAAGUAAAUAAAACCAAACUUUUUAAAAGUUAAUAACAACAGGGGGAAGGGGCUGAAGAUCCUCAGCCCAGUCCAAAAGUCUUGAGGGUUGCCACAAGUGAUGGUGGAAGAGAGGUUGAGAGUAUUUGGGUAAAAAUUGUAGGAGAGGGAAACAACAGCAACUUUUCUGUGCGAGUCUUCUAUAGAGCACAAAGCUGUACUGAAUACAUGGCUGAUGCCUUUCUAGAACAGAUUACCAAACAUUCAGAAAAGAGAGAUAUAGUAGGGAAAUUGCAGUCAAACAUAACUACGCAUAAGUGCUAAUUACCGCACAAAGGGUUAAGAAAAUAGACCUGGAUUCCUAGACUCUGCUAUGUCCCCCCUUCUCCGAUGAGAAAGUGAAGCCUUCUCUUCCUGUUCCCACUCAUUCCACUCCAUGUAACUGACAAAGGAAAAUGUUUCUAAGCAAGCUCUAAGCUUAGGGCACGUGUUUGAAGCUAUAUUUCUGUGUUUACUACCCAAAAAUAUUCUGCCUAUGUUCUCCUUGCUGCUGCUUGGAUAAAUGCAUGAAUCUGACCUUUGGAAUGUUUUGUAAGUGUUUUAAACUUAAUUAACAGGGUAUGGUCUGUUCAUUGUAAGAAGGGUAGAAAGAGAGCAGCACUGUUUGCAAGUGGAUGAGAUGGGAUAAAAGAGUCUAACAACCUAUAUUCCUAGGACUAUACUACUGCUUGACUUUUGUGUAAGUUCUACUACUGGGGACUCUCUCUUGCUGGCGGGUGAGUUUAGCCCUGUGUUUUGAAUCCAGGCACCCAGCCUAUUAUUUUGCUGUUUACCCCACACAUGUGGGUCACAGGGAUUCAUAUUCCACCCCUCACCCCCCACACCCAUAUAUAUGGUAUCUAUGAUAUUCAAGAAUUUCGCUCACUUGAACAGCAGCCAGCCAUGCAAUACACUGGAGGUGAGGGAGGGAUUACACAGCUGGUCAUUUCCAUCACAUAUCUGAACAAAAUGGAGAUCAAUUGUCCAGCAGGACAUGGUACUGUGGCUUUGACCCAGGGUUCCCCACUUCAUACCAUCCAAGAUCUUUGCAAAUAGACUAUCGAAAUAAACUUGUUGAGAGGCAGGAUAUUCUUAAAUGUCACCUACCUUUUAACCCAGAUUGCAUAUGUAUAUCAUCGUUGUAUGUUCUCCUGUUGGAGGGAGUUUGGGAUAUAAAUCUGAUUAAUAAAUCAUAAUGUUUGACUGAGUUUCUCUGAAGGGUUUUCAGUGAAUUGCAUCUGGAAAGGCUGCUAUGUUUCCUUAUGUGAUGCUUCUCUUCAUCGUUGUAAUCAUUAUCCUCCAGGGCGCCCUGACUCUGAGACAAGAAGCAUCAAAGGACGUUGCAUGAAACUCAACCACUGCUUCCUCAUCGCUGCAGCCCUGCCAACUCGCUGGGCUGAUUUACAAGCAAGGUUCCUUCUGAGGCUCUUUUAUUUCUCUCUCUGCAUCUACAGAUUUGGCGCCUUCCGCUCCUGCUAGACCCUGGGUGUUGGUUUCCUUAGGAGCAGACCCAUGCAUUCCUACAUCAUGGCAUCACCAGAUAGGAUGAGUGGCUCAGAUAAUGGAUUAGACGAAGCAGAACUCAGCAUCACUCUCACCCUUCGAAUGCUUAUGCAUGGAAAGGUAAGUAAACAGAGACUCCCGUAUUAGGUUGUGAUCCUGAUUUCGUUAGGGUCCAUAGCAGACCUCUCAUUGGAUCAGAUUUGCUGUUUGCCUUGGCGGGGAACAUUGGCCAUGAUGCAAACCUAAGUCCCCAAACUCAGUGAGCCACUACCCUAUUUCUAAAUCAGGAGGGCACCUUGAAAUACUAGUCACAUACACACCAUAUAUUUAAUGUACACGAUUCUCCCUCCAACUUAGUUAAGGGUGCUGGGAGUUGUAGUUAUUUUAUAGGUAAACUACAGUUCCCAGGAUUCUUUGGGGGAAGCCAUGUGCUUUAAAUGUAUCGUGCGGAUGUGAUUCUUUCCUACACACAAUACCUCUUCUGUGUGGGGAAUCUUGAGCUGGAAUUACAAAAUAGACUCAGCAGAAGACGUUGCCAAGGUGUCUGGAUUAACAUGUAAAUUCACCGUAACAUUUUUUAUUUGUAAAGGCUCCAAUAAGGAAGGUCUUGAGAUUGCCAAUGUCUGGGAAGAGGGAUAUCCCUCUCAUUUAAGCUGUCAAAUCCUGAAUGACCCAUGUUUUCCAUUGGGGGUGGGGUGGGGAUAAGAAAAGUGCUGCCUUCUCAUUUUCUGGCAGAAAGUAUACAGACAUCGCCAAACUCCUGCUGAUUUGUAAAUCUCCCUUAAUUCAACUUCUCAUGUCUUUUGUGUUUCUGCAGGAAGUUGGCAGUAUCAUAGGCAAGGUAAGAUUGAUGUAGGCUCUUGUGUGUGGCGGCUGUUUCUUUGUUGCAUCUGUGAAGCUGCGGAAGUCUGACAAACUUUUUUGUCCUUAAUCCAACAGAAAGGAGAGACUGUGAAGAGGAUACGGGAACAAGUAAGUGUGGAAGUAAUUCCAUUCUAGAUUGGAAUUGGCUGCCGGUCAAACAUGGAAUGGUGUAGAAUGCCUAUAUGAUUCUGGACAUUUUAUCUGGAAAAAGGUUUUUUUGUGAGGAAAGUGGGUAUCCUGAAUGAGAAUUGAGAAGAGUAUGCAGAGAAAUGUGAAGAGGCACAAGGCAGGGGAGCAGCCUGCACAAGCCUUGUUUGUCAGCAUUUCUUUAAAAUUCAGAUGAAGUUUAAAGUUACAUGAUUAUUCUACAGAGGGGAAAUACCAUAGCUCAGUGGUAGAUAACAUUUUGUGGAUGCAGAAAACUCCAGGUUCAGUCCUUGGGGUUCUCCAGGGAGGACUGUGAUUUGGAAAAGGCUUUUUUCCUCUGAAACCCUGGAGAGGGAGCCACUGCGAACUAUUGUCAACAAUAGAGCUAGAUAGAUCUGUUAUCUGGCAAAGGUGAGAUGCAAAUCAGUGACUUGAGAUGCAGAAAGAUCCCCCCCCCCAUUUCAAGUCACAUUUUUACAUUGCUGUACACACCAGAGAGGGGGCAGGGAUGUCUUUGCCCGCUGCAAAUUACCUGAUUUAUUUAUCUGUGCUUUUAAUCCCCUGAACACCUAUUCAGUGAAGUGUCUGUGCAGGUGCAACAGCUAUCUCAAUGGUCAUGUGUGCACAGCCUCAGUGUGAGGCAGCUUCCUGUGUUCCCUAGAGAGGCAAGCGUGUCUCUCUCUCUCUCUCUCUCUCUCUCUCUCUCUCUCUCUCUCUCUCUCUCUUAGCUGCAUGUCUGUAAUAUGGAGCCCAUCUUACAGGAUUCUUAUAUCAACAAAGCAUUCUAAGCACUUAGUAGCAAUGUUAAAUUAUUAUUAAUGACAUUACUCGUGGUUUGCUUUCUUAGAGUACAGCCAGGAUCACAAUUUCAGAGGGAUCGUGUCCAGAACGGAUCACCACUAUCACAGGAUCCACUGAUGCAGUUUUUAGAGCUGUUUCCAUGAUUGCUUUCAAGCUGGAAGAGGUAAGGUGGUCACUCAGUUCUGCCUCCACAUGGCGGAGUCUCCUCCUCACAGAGUUUCAGUGCCUUGUACAGAUGAAACUGAAGGAUGAGGUACCAAAAGAAAUAUGUUUUUCCUCCACAUAUCCAGUGGCGUAGCGUGGGUUGUCAGCACCCGGGGCAAGGCAAGUAAUUUGCGCCCCCUAACCUGUGGAUUUUAGUAGGGGCAGAGAGCUGCGAGUGCGAGCGCCCCCCCCCCGAUGUUGCGCCCGGUGCGGCCGGCCCCCCCUGCACCCCCCACGCUACGCCACUGCACAUAUCAGUUUAACACACACACAGAAACAAAAAGGCACAACAGUCACAUCCUAGAUAGCAGGAGAAAGCAAAAUGCAUGAGAAUGUUCAACCACAUAGCUCAUUGAAAGAUUAUGACUAAACAUGGAAAGGGUUCUGAUAUACUUACCUUUGCAUGUAGGAGUUAUCUUUUUAAUGAUACUGGCAUGUAGAGUCAGGAGUUGGGCGGGGAGUUAAAUCAUGCUCCCAAUCAUGACACAGGUUAGGAGAUCAGGCCAUGCUAUGCCUGGAAAUCAGUGUGGAAUGUUAUUGGCUGGUUGCUCCAGGGUUUCUACAAUCUGAAUAUCAUCAUAUGGAUUCUAGAAAUGCUGGGGAAAAGAACCAGACCAUUUGAGUGUCAUGACAGCAGUGGUGUAUCCGGAAUGGUCCUAUGCACACUACUACCAAAAAGGUGAUUCUGAAGGAACCCACUGAAUCUUGAACCUCAUGGUUUUGUUUCAGGAUCUGGGAACAGGAGCUGCCAAUGGAGGAACUGUCACCAGGCCACCUGUCACACUGAGGCUGGUCAUUCCAGCCAGCCAAUGUGGCUCGCUCAUUGGCAAAGCAGGAGCCAAAAUAAAGGAGAUCCGAGAGGUAAAAACUUUGGAAAUCAGUUAUCUGAGGUCUUCUCCUAUUGCUUCAUUCCUCUCCAUGCCAUGGACAAGAACACCUGUUUCUUCUACGUUUGUUUUCUGUACCUGAACCAUUUUUCUUCCUAGUUUUCAUAUUUGCUACUCAUCCUAAGCUACCUGAGUGAACUUUUAUAAAACUAGGAGCUGCCAUUCCCCUGCAUUAACUCCCCAGAGCUUCCCCUUCCCACCCCAUGCAGCUACUAAGCUCACUUUUCACCCUCCCAACCCCAUUUCUGGGCUUCUCUCAUCUGUUCUGCAGCUCCACUUUACACCUGUUUGCACCUCCACCCCCAUUUCCAUGCCUUCCCCCUCCUUUUGUGCAACCCCCCCUUGUACACAAACCACCCCCAUGGGAACCCUCUGCUUCUUCCUCCACCCACACAUUGCAAAUAUGAAGCACCCUUUUUACCUUCUGCCCAGUUCUGAAGCCACCAUCUCCGCCUAUUCUGCAGUCUUGCAUGCUCAUGCUUUUCUCUUCAACCCCAUUUCCUUGCCUCCUUCUCACCUUUACUCCUUUCCCCCCUCCACCUGCCUCCUUACUUUUCUCAAUUCUUUCUUGCACAUAGAUCACCCCCCCCCCGCAUUUCCAUGCCUUAUGCCAGGGGUCCUGCAACAUGCCUGUCACGAUGCCCAUGGUGUGGCCCAGACCCACUGCCGGCUAGCUGGCCCCUCUGUCCAUGGCUGUGCCAGGUUUACCUCAGCCGCGGGUGGCAAGACUUCAGAUUGGCUGCAGGAACUUCCUGCAGCUAAUCCGAAUCUGCACCAGCGUUGCCGCCUGCCCAGAAGCCGUGCCAGCGUCGCGGAAGUCAGUCCCCGCGUGGCAAGGCAUCUGCAGCGCGCAGGGACUGACCAAGCGGGCAGCAGGGUCCACGGGCUGGAUUUAUGAGCCUGGGGGGCGCAUCUGGCCCCCGGGCUGUAGUUUGCCGGCCCCUGCCUUAUGCGCUCUCCUAUUGUGCAGCCACUUUUGCGCACACACGACAUUAUCACCUUUGUCCUCCUUUUCCUACUUCCUACUUACAAAUCUCCCUUCCACACAGACCUCCCACAUUUUCAUGCCUUUUCCUCUCUCCUGUUCUGCAAUCUCCUAUCAGCAUGGGGUGUGUGUGCAAAGCUGAUAUAUGUUACUGCAUCUUUAAGAGCAAAGCUGUCAUUUGGCUUGCUCAGUUAGGGAAAAUUUAAUGGAUGGAUGGUGUGUGUGUGUGUGGUUGGUUGGUUGGUUGGUUGGUUGGUUGUUAAUAACAUAUUGUCAGGGACUCUUAAUGAGUGUGUGGUGGAGGGUUGGAGACUGAUCCAGGGGAGGGGACCAGUGAUUAAUGGGGUUUGGUGCCCCUCAUGAGCCACGAAUGAAAGAGGAAAAAAUCUAAAACUGCCAUUUUUUCCCCUUUCACUGUCUGUCCUUUCUCACUGUACUCAAACAGCAGCAGAAAUUUGAGUAAAGCAGCGGUAGAGGGUCACAGAAACGAAAACUGGUUUUAAACAACAGCAGAGGUUUGAGGAAAGCAGGGAUAGAGAGACAUUGAGUUGUUUAUUUUUUUAAAAAAGCAGUUUUAGUAAGGAGAAAUAGAAGAGGUGGUAUACAAAUUUAAUAAAUAAGUAAUAAACAAAAUUUUGAGCUAAACUACAAACAUUUCUUUGAGAGGGUCUGAUGAAUUCUUUUAAUUGUGUGUGAAUUAAUCUCUGCUUAGGAAAUCAUACCAUUAGAAGAAGACUCUGAAAUACUUCCCUUCUAGUGAUCCAUGUGCUGUUUCUGACCUGGCUGUUCUCUGGGUGGGCAGGGUUCAUUAGAAUGCCCAGAAAGACUGAGAAUUUGCUUUUGGCCCCUAAUGCAGACCACAGGAGCACAAGUCCAAGUGGCUGGAGACCUCCUCCCCAACUCCACCGAGAGGGCUGUGACAGUCUCUGGAGUACCAGAUGCCAUCAUCCAGUGCGUGCGACAGAUCUGCGCUGUCAUCUUGGAGGUAUGGGUCAUUGGGUCCACCUCACCAGGCGAGGACAACAUUCUGCAAGUUGUGGAGAAGUGGUACCGCAAGGCUGGGUAUCUACAUCUCCAAAUUAGACUGUCCUACAUUUCCUUCCAAACACACAUGGAGAAUUGUUAGAAAAUGCCACCCCGUUGGUGAUAAUACGUAUAAGCUGGCUGCGUCCCUUCCCAGCUGGUUUUGCUGUACCUUCUGAUGCUUCUGUAUCUUGGGUCCCUGCUUCCUUUCCCUUUUCCUGCACUUCUCUUUCAGCUGGAGCCCAGAGCUGGAGCUUUGUUCAGAGACCAGGGUUAUCAGCCAUAUCUAGCGUAAGGAACAGUACUGCCUUUGUGACAUUAGCUGCCAUUGCACCAAUCAGCACUCUCAACUAUCAUUGCCCCCUUUCUUAGGACACAGUUGAGAAUGAGGAUUGGUGCUAUGGGUGCUGAUGUCACAAACAUAAGUCACAUUGGCUUUUGACCCCUUAAAGCAGAAGAAAUCAGUGAUAUUCCCCUUUGAUUUUUUCAACCCUUCAAAGCAGAUUUGGGGAGGGGUGCAUAUGGUGUGUGUGGGGGGGAGUUCUGUUUUGCUGGUGUAAAUCCUUAACAGCUGGAUAUUGCCCAAUAUAAUUCAUUUAUAUCAUUGUAAAUCUGACCAAAGAAGCAGCAGCAGGGGUGUAUACCUGCAGGCAGUUCUCCUCAUCAAUAUCCUCCUACCUAUCUGCCUUUCUACUCUAAGGGGAAAAUGUACCGGAUCCCUGUAUCUUUUCCCCUGUAAGGAGAAGAACAGCUGGGUGGGUGUUUUGAUCACAAAAAUGUGUCCAUGGGGAAAGGGUUAAACAUACUUUCCCUACUAUGCUACUGUUGAAUCAGAAAGAAAGAAAGAAAGAAAGAAAGAAAGAAAGAGGAAGGAAGGAAGGAAGGAAGGAAGGAAGGAAGGAAGGAAGGAGGUGGAACCUUGCACCAAGUCUGAACUUUGCUCCAUCUAGCUCUGUUGUCUUCACUGGCUGGCAGCAACUCUCCAGCGCUUCAAAUUGGGAUCUUUCCUGGCCCUGCCUGGAGAUGCCUGGAGAAUCAAACUUGGGACCUUCUACAUGCAGAACGGAUGCUCUGCCACUUAGCUAUAGUCCUUUCCUUCAGCGGCUGCUCACAUGUCAGAUCUAGUUUGGCCCAUAGUGAACACUGUUUGCAGAGCUGAAGAUGAAUUCUGCCCUAGAUGUCUCAUGGUAGCUUCAGUCUGCAUGAAUGGCACCUGCAGUAACUCUGACAGCCCUGUCAAAAGUUAGUUCCAUCAGUGGAAUAUAUAUCACCCUUUCCUUGUUGACAGUGUCAAGAAGUCACACAUUGCUCCUUAAGACAAUGCAUGUGAAAUCACUGAGUCAGAUAAUAUCCUCUGAAAACCUCCAGCGUAGGAGGGUGCACCAUCCCUCGAGGUCACUGGUUCCAUGGCAGAAUUGCUGUUAUCAGGGCCAGAUUUUGGUAAUAUGGUGCCCUGAGCAAGGACAAAAUUUGGCAACCCCCCCCCCCCCAAUAUUUCCUAUUUUCACAAUUAUUCAUUUUGGUACAGUUGCUUUUUAAUCUUCUUAGUAGGUACCUGUAUAAAUAUAGGUAUUACUAUUAUUAUUGUUGUUAUUAUUAUUAUUAGUAGUAGUAUUUUGUUCCCCCUUGGCUCAGCUCCCUAUGCGGGGGAAUCACCCACACCAACUUAAAUCUGGUGCUGCUGUUACCAUCAAGAUAUUUCUCCAUCUGAAAUUUCCCCUCCUGAAACUGAAAGUUAUUAGAUCUAGUACUGCUCUCUGGAGGAACUGAGAACCAGAUUUUGCCUUCUUCUGUGUGACAGCCCUUCCAAGAAUUUGAGGAGUGCCAUCAUGUCCCCCUCUCAGUCUUCUCUUCUCCAAAAUAAACAUACCAGCUCAUGAGGAAAGACUGAAAGAACAUACCUAGUCCCUUCAACCUUUACCUCAUGGGACUGUUUUUUUAAAAUUGCAGGCCACCUUUAUUGUUCUCCUCUGAACCAGGCAUCCCUAGGCACUACUCGUAGCAUAUCAUACCAAACAGGAGUUAGUUAAAGAUAUUCCCAGCCAGUGCCUAUUUUGCAACUCAAAUAAAUCCAUCGGAAUGCACAGGAAGUAACAAGGGUACUAUGGCCAUUAGGAUGUCAUGGGUGGGGGGGAUACUGAUGGGAUGGGAUGGAAGUGGCAUUGUGUAUAUGGUGCAGUGAUUCCUCCUUUGGUUUCCUUCAGUCUCCACCAAAAGGCGCCACUAUUCCCUACCACCCCAGCCUGUCCUUGGGAUCAGUUCUUCUUUCAGCCAAUCAGGUAAGGGACUCAUAAAUUCACAGGAGACCAUUUUUCGGUUGAGGUUAAAAAGAGAGAGAACCAUUAGGCUUUGGUUCUCUUGUUACCCUGUAAUCAAAGGGCGGGUAAGACUGCGUCCUGCCAGAUGUUGUUGUGCGGUGACAACUCCUUUCUUCACUGUCCAUUGGCCAUACUGGCUGGGGCUGAUGAGAGUUGGAGUUCAACAACAUCUGGAGAGCCACUGGUUUCCCCCACGCCUACAUUCACCACCACAUCAAAUAUCAAGCCAGAUUAGAAAGUAUCAGAAUGACUUAAUGGGUAUCGAUUUUACCUUUCCACCUUGACUUCUGGCUUCUUCCGUGUCAUGUGACCAAGCACUUGCUGUCAGAUCCCUCGGAGACCAUAUAUACAAGGACCAUCUUGGCUGUGAAUCCUAGGAAACUUGCUCCCUGCCUUGCAAGCCUUUUCCCAUCUGGCCUGGGAGGGCGGGGCCCUGACUGACUACAGCUGCAAAAGCUGAGGCUGCUGAACAGACUCUUGGUAUUGAUAGGGGGUUUUGUGGGCUGGGGGGAGGUGUUGCUGUUGUUGCUGUUAAUUUUUUGUAUGCUUAAACCAACAAUAGCGCAAUGGAAUCUUUUAAAGUUUACAGAGAAAAAGGAGAAUCUACGUUACGGUGAACCAGUUUAUAGGACGUGGGGAUUUAACAUGGAUAUUUUGCUAUAUGCCUAAAGAAAAUCUGCUAUUUUGUUAAAAGUUGUUUAUCCUUGCAAAAUUCUGCCCUGCUGCGAUGCACACAGUCAGGUUUAACAAAUGUUGCCACUCAAGCACAUCUGAGGAUUGACAGCCAGUAAAAAAUCAAAACUUAUUUACCAGAUGACCCAAAAUUGAGGCUGAAAAGUGUUGAUUGGCUGAAUAAAAUAAAAUGACAACUGUAUAAGAAUAAUUUAUCUCAGUGAGAUGGUGACCCAGUUCCCACACAAUGGUGCUAGACAAUAAGCCUAAAGCUUAUUGGUAUCAGCAGACAGAUUAUAUUAGGUGUAAAUCUGUAAUGUGCUGCCCCAUUUCAAAUCUACUUUAAGCUUUCAUUUACUAUGAAAUGAUGCAUAACUGAUUUGAAUUUUAUAUUAGGAGGAACAAUUACUCAUCUGCAUUUCAGCCAGAUGAAAUCAUCAUAAUUUGGGGUCAAUAGAAUAAACUAUUCUGAAUUUAAGUGAAAUAGAAGACCUAACACUCUGAGUUUGGAAAUACCAUAUAUUAAAGAUAAGAGGGAGAAUUGCACAGAUACAUCUGACUUCAUUAUUUACUAGUGUCCUCCUAGUGGUGCAGCUAUAAAAUUGCUUGCACAUUUGCAUAGCUAAGCAGGGUCCAGUAUGGUUUCAAAUUAGAUGGGGAAUCGUGUGUUGAGAUUCCUGCAUCACAGGGGGUUGGGCCAGAAGACCCUCAGGAUCCCAACUCCACAAUUCUAUGAUUAUAAUUAUCAUCUAUGUUUUAUUCUACAAUCAUUUUCUAAGGUUUUGUUUGUGUAUGUUCUAAAAGUUUAACUUUAAGCUUUUGGUGAGCAAAAUGAAUGAGAUUCACUCUUCCCAUAUUGCUUAUUCAUUUAUUUCUGGGUAGGAUGAUGAAACUGCUUAUGGAAUUUCUACAGCCUCUUUCUGACUGGUCCUAGUCCUUUCCUCACCUUAAAACUGACAUUUCAGUAAGCACAGUAGUUACCAGGAAGUCUACUUUCUUGCGAGCUUCUCUUCCCCGGCUCCCCAUUUCUUAUUUAUUUAAGUCCUUUGAGAUUUACCAUAAACAAAAUACAAAUGACAAGUAAGCCCAUCCAUUCUUAUUCUCAGUUCUGGCACCAGCACCCAGUGUAGGUAGGCAUUUGCCAAGGAUCAUUUACAGCAGCAAGGCCCCCUGGGGCUGAUGCCUUGCCUUGGCUCCCUGAGCUCUUGCUGGCCCUUAAGCACCUGGCAGCACCAGUGUCCUUGCAACCCCACUCUCUUGCUUGCUAACUUGUGAGCUGGCUUAUCCUGUGCUGUAAUGAGCCAGGAGCCACAUGGCUGCUCUGCUUCCGGUUCAUUUCAGCACCAGCACUGUGAGGGUAAGCCCACUCUCGUGGGCAAGCACAAGGGGGAAUCUGGCAGCUGCCUUGUGCUCACAAACAUGCAUGCUUACCUGGCAGCGAUGCCUCAUGAGCCUGCACAAGGGGGAGUGGGAGGCUGGUGGCUACUAACCGUGCUACCUUUACCAGAGGGUCAGAGUGGUGGCAAGCACUGGCAGGCAGCAAGGGUAGUUUCCCCAGCCCCCUUCCAAAAUCUGGAACUGGGCCUAUUCAUUCUCUUACAUUUUGGAUAGCGCUGUUCUCCUUUGUCAUCCUUUUUUCAGGGAUUCUCCAUGCAAGGACAGUACAGUGGUAUGUCUCAAGCAGAGGUAAGUCAAGCUUUACAGACUAAAAGGAAGCUCCAUUUUGAAUUCACACUUCCAAGUAGUUCAGUGUAUGGCUAGGACCAGCUUCUUCAAGCCUUCACGUUCCAUCGUUCCCCAUGUCUUGUUGUGCUGCUUGCCGGUUCCGGACUUGCCAUUCUGCCUCCCUGUUCUCUCCCUCCUGGCAUCCAGAUGGCAAAUCCUGGUGCCUCCAGACAUCUUUUUUUGGCGAUCACUCGUAGCCGAGUGUCUUCAAUGAACACUGUUUUAACAGUGAGUCCGUAAGUGACUGUGGAGGCCAAUUCUGGAUCAACACAUCCUUCCACAGUGGGGGACAUAGGUUCCUGGCGAGAGUUGAUCACAGUGAGGGUUUGCCAAGCGUGCCUUCCUCUUAGCACGCUCCUGAGUUCGAGCGUCUGCAAAGCUCAUGACACCUUUGGUAAAGGCUGUUCUCCAACUGGAGCGCUCACAGGCCAGUGUUUCCCAAUUGUCAGUGUUUAUACUACAUUUUUUGGAUUUGCCUUAAGAGAGUUUUUGAAACUCUUUUGUUGACCACCAGCAUUACACUUACCAUUUUAAAGUUUGAAAUAGAGUAGUUUCUUUAGAAGACGAUAAUCAGACAUCCACACAUUACGACCAGUCCAACAAAGUUGAUGUUGAAGAAUCAUUGCUGGUGAUCUUUGCUUUCAGACAUAGCUGGGCUCCAACUCCCAUCAGCCCCAACAGGCAUGGCCAAUGGCUAGGCUAUGGAUGAUGGGAGCUAUAAUCCAGCAAUGUUUGGAGAGUACCUUGUUGGGUAAGGCUAUACAAUAAUUCAUGACAGCAGGCAGCACUGCUGGUAACUUUCACUUUACUCCAUUUCAUAUACCGUAUUUUUCCGUGUAUAAAAUGAUGCCUUUUGCUAUAAAAAAAGGGCAAAAAUUGGGUGUCAUCUUAUACACGUAUAGUGAAUGCAGAGGGAGGACGUGUGAUUAAUGGCAGCAGCAAGCAGGAGAUUGGCAGCGGCGAUUGGGCAGGUGAUUGGUGGCUGUGGCAAGGCCUGCUGGCGAUUGGCUGUGGCAAUUGGGCAGGCAAUUGGCAGCUGCGGCAAGUGGAUGGGUGGGCUGUUGGUGGUGGUGAGCGGGCAGACAAUUGGCGGCUGUGGUGAUGUGUGUGAUCGGCAGUGGCUGUGGCACAUGAUCAGCAGUGGCAGGCAGGCGGGUGAGCAAUUGGUGGAAGUGACCUCCCCCCCCCAAGCUAAACUUAAUUUCUUAAUUUUGGGUUAAAAAAAAUAGGGGUCGUCUUAUACAUGGGGGCGUCUUAUACAUGGAAAUAUAUGGUAAUUCACAUGCUCAGUUAGUACUAUACCUCAGGAGUAGCCAGCACUUGUAUUCUAGGUGUAUGGCUGACCCAUCUACUUCCUAAUGUGAGCAGGUAGAUGGGAACGCAGGUCUUGCUGUCAUUCCACUGACUUCUUCCUCUCAUCUAGGUGUCGAAGUUGCAGCAGCUUUCUGGGCAGCCUGUCUCAUUCGCUUCCUUGGGACAAUCUCCGUCAAUAGUAGCAGGUGAGGAACCCCAAAGAGCUAUGAAGCCACUUAAACUCCCACAAUCCUCUGUGGCAGACUAUGGCCCUAGGGGCUUACUCAGAUGAACAGUGAGCCUGUGCUCCAGCUGCCUUUAGGGAAUAGGUCUCCACGGAAAUAACAUGGUGCACGAAUAAUUGGCCCUAGAAAUAGGGAAUGCAGGACCUUCAAAGAACUAAAUAAAUUAGCAAAUUGCUCAUGAAAUGAUGGAGAAUUGCUAGGUAAGGGAGGGGGUUGGCUUUGUUGGAACCUGCCACUUGGUCUUUUUUCAAAGGCUGGAUCAGCACUCUUAUGCUAGAGUGGGAUACCAGAAGGAGAACUGGAGCAUUUAUCUUCUGACUCAGGAAAAGCUGUGGCCCUCCAGAUAUUGCUGGACUACAAAGCCCAUCAUCCCUGACCAUUAGCCACACUGUUUGGGGAUAUUGCGCAUUUCAGUCCAACGGUAUCUGGAAGGUCACAUGUUCUGCAUCCCUGCUCUGUAUAUAUAUAUAUUUUUAAAGCACAACACUGGAUAAAUUCAAGACUAAAAAUGGGAGUGCACUCUCUGGCAUGUGCACACACAUAAAUAAGGGAGGUGGGUAUCAUUUUUUUCUGAGAAUCUUGAACUCUUGGUUACAAAAGCAACAAAAGAAUCUGAAGGCAAGUGUACUUUUUCGUAUAAGGGAAUGUGGAUUCAUGCAUACGUACUUACGAUUGCUGGGGAAAGAUGUAGACAUACCCCCCCCCUCACACACACAGCCCACCAUACUUGUCAACAGGAUUUUUUUUUAAUUCAUUAUGAAAAGUAAUCCAAGGAUUUUCCACCUAGGAUUUUUUUCUUAUUACGUUAAAAGAACAGCAUUAACCAAUGGGAGUCUGCAUCAGACAGGAGGAGGGUAGGACAGUCUCCCUCAGUCUAAAAUUAGUCCGGUGUAAUGUGACCCAAGCAAAGUGGCAUAAAACAAAAGCCUCUUCUUGGAGCUUCUGAUGGCUUUGCAGUAGCUGGGAAACGGUCCAGUCCUGUUUGCGUGCCUCCUGCUCUUUGCACCGUGCAGUGCCUGGAAAGGAUUCUUUGGGUUUCUCUUCUUCUGUAGCCUUGUGAUGUGGUCAUCCUAGCACUCCUCCUUUUAGGCAGGCAAGAAAGAGCCAGGAGAGAACAGCCCCAGUAACGUUGUGCUUCUUUUCUCCCUUUUCAGCCCUGGACACGAACGCUCAGAAUAGCUCUCAGGAGUUCCUGGUUCCUAACGAUGUAAGUUUGCCUCUAUGAACUACAGUUCCCAAAUAUAUUUUGGGGAUAGUCAUGUGCUUUAAAUGUAUGGUGUACAUUUAGUAAGCUUACACAUGUGUCCACAGAGGUCUUCCUUGGUGCUCAUAGGGUCCUCCCCAUCCCACUUGGUGCUUGAAAGAAGCUUUGUAUUGCAGCCCAAAGGGAAUAGGUUGUGGUGUUUGUUGAGUUGUGUGCGUUGUGCCCAUUAUAGUUUCCCCGGUUUGCAAAUGUGUGCAUGGGCCCCAAAAGGUUAUAAUCAGAGCCAAACCCAUUCCACUCUUUAUGGAGAUCUUCAGAGAGUGAUUCCGUUCAAACAAAAGUAGAACAGCCCUAAAUUUUUUGCUGCAGCGUCCUUAGGCUUCUUUCUCAGUCAAAACUAGGUUGGAAAAGGGGACAGGGCUCUUGCAGUUUCAACUGUUGUGUAGAAGAGGAAAUUUCACCAGGUGUAGCUUGUCAUGCAAACUACAGUGGUACCUCAGGUUACAGAUGCUUCAGGUUACAGACGCUUCAGACUCCGCUAACCCAGAAAUAGUACCUUGGGUUAAGAACUUUGCUUCAGGAUGAGAACAGAAAUCGUGCGACAGCGGCAGCGGCAGGCCUCAUUAGCUAAAGUGGUACCUCAGGUUAAGAACAGUUUCAGGUUAAGAACGGACCUACAGAACGAAUUAAGUUCUUAACCCAAGGUACAACUCUUGAAUUAAGUUCUUAACCACUGUACAACUCUUGAACUUUUGCAUCAGGGCACCCUCCAUGAAGCUCGCUCAUUUGGUGAGAGACCAUUUAGUCUUGGAGUACAGUUUCCUAGCAAGCUGUGAACCCUCCUGCCAGUACUGUUACCUAGCUUGCAAAAGUUCAGUGUUUCAUCAAAGCAUGUGAUCUGCCGCUCAGCCAUGGUCCUUGAAAGGAAGAUAAGUUCAGCAAAGCCCCGGGUUGUUUUAUCUAUCCUCACUCUCACACAAACUCCAGAAUCAAGGGCUACUGUCUCAAAUCCAUCCCUCACAAGCCUUCUCUCCUCCACACAAUUGCCAUUGUACCUUCAAAACACAUUAAAGGAAAGUCUUCCCCAAGAGAAUCCUGGGAACUAACAGAGCUAUGAUUCCCAAGAACAGUUCCCAAGAUUAUUAGUAUGUACACAGACAUGUUUAUGCUCCUGUUCUUUAACAGCAGCCUGGCAUGGAGAGACAUUAAGCAGGUGAAGCUUAUCAUGGCCCAGAGAUAAAUGGUGGGAAAAGAAGGGGCAGCGAUAAACAGUCCUCUGAGAGAGAGGAGCAUCAGCCGUGGGAAAGGUUAACUUCCUCCGACUUCUUCGCCAUCACUCCCAUGUGAGCUGUCCUUUGCUCUCUCUGUGUGUAUCUGUGGAAGCUGAAGCCCAGAAGGGGUGAAUAUGAUAAGAGAGGAAUGUGCCAGCAUUUCUUGUGCCCACCCACUUGCCAGCCCGGCUGCCAGUGUACUAGGCCUGCUCUGCAGAUGUCAGCAUGUGUUGCUGGGCACACAGCAGGCCGUUGUAGCAUCUCAGAAGGCAGGAAACGAGUGGGCAGGAGGGCAGCGCUGACCUUUACUUCUGCCCCCUGACCCUGCGUGGGGAAAAGUAGCUCUUUCUGAAGUUUUUGUUUAUGGAACAAGCCUCAUGAAACUAUCUGGACUGUUUUAUUUUUUAAAUAGGCCAAUUCCUGCCACAGUGUGGUAGGUACCCUGAACUACAUGGCUCAGUUCAUGUUUUCCACUCCCUUGAGAGUGAAUAAAAAUGGCUAAAUCUCAGGCUUGGAAAGGUAAAGUGUAGAUAAGCCUGAAGCCUUGAUGGGUUCUGGCUCAGACUCAUCCAAUACUGAACAACAAUAAAUCAAGCAGACCAUUGUGUACUAUAGGUCAGGCUUGGGAAGGUUCACUCAUUCCCUCAUUCAAGAGUUGCCUAAAAUGAGUAAACGCUCUCUGUUCGCUUUGUCCAGUCCUGUCCAGUUCUUAGGCGAUGAGGUUUCCAGCGCGGUUCCACUCCAAAGACUGAUCCUUCCUUUCCCCUCCUAGCUCAUUGGCUGCAUCAUUGGCCGCCAAGGCAGCAAGAUCAGCGAGAUCCGGCAGAUGUCCGGAGCGCACAUCAAGAUUGGGAACCAGACCGAGGGCUCUGCUGAGCGUCACGUGACCAUCACCGGCACCCCAGUCAGCAUCACUUUGGCUCAGUACCUCAUCACAGCCUGGUAAGAGCCAUUAGGACUGCUGGGCAGGUCAAGUGGGGAGUAACGCAGCACUUGCGCAGCCGUCUCGUUGCAGCUUCUUCCUGCUGUGCCCAAGCCUGUGGCCUCUUAGAUGGACAGCUUUGCGGAGAGCAAGCGGCAGUGCCUUGCUGUCACGGCUGAAUUUGCCGGUUUGCAAACACUCAGCCCUCUGCUCAAGAGACAGGAGUGCUAAGCGUAGCACCACGAAGUGUUCUCAUUGCUUUGUUGUCUGUCUUUCAUACUAAUGCCUGCCUGUCUCUGACACACAUGAGAGUAACCAGGCCUUGAGUUUCUCGGGAGCCACCGUGAUUUCUAGUAUCCUUGCCUACAAUAUGUUGGGCAUCAAUGUUCCCUUUGCAGCUGCAAAGCACUCUUAUACCACUUUAAGCAUCAUGGCUUCCCCCCAAAGAAUCCUGGGAACAGUGGUAUGUUAAGAGUCUCCUAACAACUCCUGGCACCCUUAACAAACUACAGUUCCCAGAAUUCUUCGGGGGAAGCCAUGAUGCUUAAAAGUAACAUAAGAGUGCUUUAAAUGUCAAGUGUGGAUGUGACCUUAGUUCAGUGCAGGAAGAACUGCUGUGUCACAGCAGGGAAUUCUCCCGUCCUGUCCAAAAGAUAACCUCACUUAAACAGAGCAACAUUUGUCAUUGGUCGCUGUUGUGACCUGGCAUUUGGGAUGCUUCAAGAUUUAGAGCAGGAAAUAGCCAUUCACGGUUCAGGGAUCACCACCACUACAGGGUGCAAGUUUUCAAGGCGUGGAACCCGUCAUUGACGGAUGCAUGUAAGCGUUUUCGUAAUCAGUUUUCCCUGUGGUGAUGACCCCAGAACUCAUUUCAACUUUUGUUGCAUUUGCAUGUUGAAGGAGAAUUAACAGCCUCCAUCUCCCUUCUUUUCUUCCUGGGACAAGUUAAUAGAUAAACAAUACCGUGUGUCUCACGUGGAAGAGGUUCUCAUUUCCCCAGAAAAACAAAGUGGUCUGUCAAUGACCUGAGAAAGCCAAGAAGGAUAUGUGGCUGGAAUGCUUUGCAAUUCCAUGAUUGUUUAAAUAGGGACCAUGACAAGGUAUAACAUCCUUAACAUAGCCACUUCUGAGUUCCAAACAAGCCCUGUGUGUCAUACUGAAGGUUCUCCACAAGAAUGUAGUCCCAGAGGGAGAGGACUCUGGAGCAGACAUUAUCUGGAAGCAAAAGCGAUGUAGAGUACCUUGUUCACUAGCUCCAUUCUUUGUGUGUACCUAUUCCUUUGCACAUGUCAGCUCAAACACUUGCCUGUGUGUGUGUGUGUGUGUGUGUGCAUAUCCAUACUUGUAUGUAUGUAUUAUACAAACUGCACAUAUCCUCCCACACCUAUGCAUAUUUUUCCAUGUGCAAGCUUGUACAUGCAUAUAACAGCACAUAUACGUCCAAGUAUAUGUCCUCACACGCUGCAUUUGUAUGUGUAAAUUGUGCAUGCAGGCACGAGUCUCAUUCUUUCUCCCUUCUUGUUCUUCAGUUUAGAGACGGCCAAAUCUACCUCUCAGACGCCCCCCGUUGACCUCGGCAUGACUUUCUCCCAGCCCCUCACCCCUUCGCCAGCCCCAACGCUGACAGCAGUGGCCGCGCCUCCCCCAGCCUUGCUUGGUGCCCCCUAUGCCAUCUCCCUCUCCAACUUCAUUGGCCUGAAACCUGUCCCCUUCUUGACGCUGCCUUCCUCAGCCACGGGGCACAAUGGCAGCCUUGCCACCUACACGACCAAGAUCUCGACAGCCAAUGCCAGCAAGAAGGCUGAGAGGCAGAAGUUCUCCCCAUACUGAAACAGGGAGGUGGGGCAGGGAGGGGAAACCUUAGGAGAACCCUCACACGCUUUGUUAGAUGGCAUCAGCGUCGGGCCGCUCCAAAGCGAGACUACCUGGGGAAAGAGGUGAGGGGGGGAGCCAAAUGUGCAGGAAAGGAAGUGUUUGUGGGAGAGGAUAACCGAGACAGCUCUUGAAAGCAGUGCUGGCCAUGAGACAGUCAGGGAAGUGGUGCUUCUGCAGAGCUCCCACCCGAUCCUGGCUAAAGAUAUGUCUAUCAUGGGUAAGAGCAAUCAAGCCUCAUAGUUUUGCUUCCGUGGAACAAAUCUCUGCCCUGCACUAUAAAGUGUUAUUAUCCUUUACCUUCCAUAAACCUUCCUGAUCGCUUUCAGCAAUGAAGAUGAAGAGGUUCUCUCUCCAUCUGGUUUCUUCACAUGUUUUCUUUUUUUAAGGAAAACACGUUACUUAAAGACAAUUGGAACCCCCACUCAAAUUCUUUGUACUGUAUUGAUAGAGCUGGAGGUCUUGGGAAAGGUCCCAUCUCGACUGUGGCACUGGCUUGUUAGACCUUUGGUGAUCCUAACAGAGAACAUGCUAUGCUACUAUCUCUCAUGGGUUGCAUUUCCAAGAGCAGAACUGGAAAAGGGUUCUGAUUUCUAUAGAACUGGAAGCUGUGCAUGUCCUAGAAAUCACAGAAUGUACCAAAAAGGAAAUUCUUCAGUGUUUUUUUUGUUUUGGUUUUUGCCUAGCACUUCUCUCCUAAUAUAUGAAGCUGGCUGUGAGUUCCAUUUUAGCUGGAUUAGAAUACAGGAUGGAGUUUUCAUGACUGUUCAGCUUGGCUCCUGACCUCCUACAAGUGGUUGAAGGGAAUUAGUUUUCACCAGACAUCCCUCUAAUAUUUAGCAUGAAUUUUCUGGAUCAAACCGGAGGCCCAUCCACCCCAACCUUAUGUUCAUCCAUUGGCCAACUCAGAUGCCCAUGGGAAGACCAGAGGCAUAUAGUUGUCUUUCCUCACUGAUAAACAGAGCAGUUCUUUAUAAAUAUUCCCUAUCUGUUACAAGGUAAGAGCUUCCAGCACUGUCAAUCCCAGCUGGUCACCUUAUCAUAUGUGAGCGACAUCUCCCCUCAUUUAACUUUAUGGCAGAAAUCCGUCCUCAUAUAUAUCUGGCAGGAUGUGCGAUAUCUUGCCAUGCCACUCAUCUUUGGGUUUAUCUCUUGCUGUCAUAGGAUGACAUCUCCAAUAAGUGCUUUCUCGUUUUGCUCUCAUCUCUUGCAGUGCAAUCCUAAGCAUGUUUGCUCCAGAAAUAAGCCCUUACCCCUUCCAUCACUCAUUAGUGGAUAUAGGACUGCAGCCUUAGUGAAUUCUGCCACAUUUUGUCCUCUUGUCAGCCCUUCUCUCUUUGUAUCAGUAUUGUAAGGGCACUUGUCUAGUCAGAACAUGCCCAUGAGAGUCAAGAGGUGGCGCCCUGAGACCUCAGGUUGAAGCAGAUGCCCAUCUUGGUGAUUUCUGGUUAAAGUUACCAACAUGCAUGUCUGGCACUUGCACUUGCGUCCUAAACAGACGGCCAUCACAACAGCAUAUAAUUCAUCCAAACCUCACCCCAAAAAAUUAUCCCCAUGGAUUAAAUGUACCAUAUAGCCAAAGAUUCUAUGGCUACUUUCUUAGUUGGUUUGCAAAUUGGCAUGGCUUCACCAAAGUGGGUCGGAUUGUUGGCUAAGUGACAGGUUGUCAAAAGACUGCACAAUUCACUGUCAACACUUUAUAAGGCAUUAAGUGGACGGUGAUUGUUGAACAGACCUGGAGAAAACGGAUGAAACGAACACAGCAAAAAGGUCCUGGCUCUGGCCCUGCUUGUAGCCAUGAACUAGUUGGCUCAUGAUAAGCAAAGGUUAGUAGUCACAGGCCUGUGUGGAGUAAAUGCAUACCAAAAACGAAACACUGAAAUUCUGCAUGCGGUCGAUGCAAAUCCUGGAAAGCUCUUUUCUAUGACCAGCAUAAACCAUACAAAUGUGCAUAUACUUCUCCUAUUUUUGUAUAAUAUUGUUUGCUAUUUGGCAAUAAAAUAAAUCCUCCUUUGGGAGGAAGGGCAGGGUAUAAAUGGUAUGAAUGAGUAAAUAAAUAAUACUGGAUUUGCUAAACAUGGCAGGGGCAAAAGCACGGAAGCCUCACUCAAACCCCACUGCCUGGGAAUCUUGUGCAGGGGGCUCAUCUCAGUCACUGAGAAGCACAUCUUUGCAGCAUAGUCAAUGCUUUCUCUGUGCUCCUUCAGGAAUCACAGGCUACACUCAGCCCUGAUUUACUGAACCAAAGCUGUCAGGGGGGAAAAAGAAGCCAAACAGGCUGCAAAAAGGAGACAAUUGAGGUUGAUUUGGUGUAGUAGUACCUUUACAAUCUCAAGAAGCAACAGGAUCUCAGAUUUGCCCUCAGUUACACAUUGAUUUGGUAACAUAAAGUAGACUACCUACACCUGUUUAGGCACUGAUCACUUCUGAUUAAAUAGUUUCAGCAGAUUCAUGUAUUUAUUGCAGCCUUUCCUCAAGCUGGUGCCCUCCGGGUGCUUUGAACUACAGUUCCCAUCAUGGCUGGGGCUGACAGGAGUUCUGGCCAGAGGCAACCAAGCUGGGGAAUGCUCAUCGAAUGCGUCAAAUUCUCAGGUGGUGUAAUUCAGCACUGAGGCAUCCCAGUAUUUGGAUUCCACAAAAACACAGGGGAAUGGAGCCAAAAUUUCCUAUUCCUACAAACCAAUCUAACCAGUUGUCCAUUUCGCCUUGUUCCCUGGCUGGUCCCAAUCUCUCUCACUUCCCUGCAUCACUCGCUGGCAAAAAAAAAGCUUCUAUCUCUUUUUAACCCUUUUUAUUUUUUAUUUUUGGCUGCUCCAAGGAAUGUCCCACCUCCUAUCCCAUGAUCCUCUUUGGCUUGUCUUUGAAAAUGCUGUACAUAUAAUUCUAUAUUUUUUCCUCCUUUGUAACUUAUGAUUGAUUUAAUAAAAAUGCAAACUUUGUCAACUCAGA